AUGUCUAAUAAUCAAUCAAUUAAUUACGAUUUAAAUGAGCCGCUAACAUCGUCGGCGGCACCUCUAACGGAUUCUACUAUAACUAUACGUAUUAUCAAAUCAUUCCCAUAUAGGAAUGUCAGAAACAUAAUCUUGAGGGAUUACGAUUUGAAAAACAAGACCGGUAACGACUUAUUCAAUGAUUGUAUGAAACAUAUCCAAACAGACGGUGCAUUCAGACCAUUCAGAACUGUUAAAUAUAACAAGAUGAAAAUUUAUACUCAUGCGCAUGGUUCAAAGACUGUGAAUCUGGUGAUUAAUUUUAACCAUGACGAUGAUUGGAUCAUUGAUAUUUCAGACACUAAUGGGAAAAAACUAUGUGAGUAUGAUAUUGAAAAUGAAACAGAGAUUUCUUUGUACAACGAAGAGGACUAUAUCGCUUACAAGGCUAACCCAGUUGAGAAAUGGUAA